AUGUCUACCUCCCCAGACUACUACCCAGGGGACAAGGAGAAAUCUGCGUUUGAAGAUGCUGAAGCUGCGUACGCAGUCGAGGCAGCGCCGGAUCGCAUGAUCGCAAGACGCUUUGGUAAAUCGAGUCCUCUUCUUUCAAAACUCUUUGCUAGUGGUGUCGAGGCCCGUGGAGUAGAGCGUGUGCCAGAAAACCAGAGAGAAUCAAAAAAUGCAUGGAAUAACCUCCUCAUGUGGUGGUCUGUUAACACGGUGUUUGAUAUCAUUCCCAUUGGCGUGCUCGCACAAUCAACUUUUGCUUUGAGUUUUGGCAAUGCUGUAGCGACUAUCCUCUGUUUUGGCACCCUCGGCGCCGUCGCAACAGCAUUUAUCGCUACCCUCGGCCCCAUAACUGGCCUCCGCACCAUGAUCAUCACCCGGUUCAGCUCGGGAUAUUUCGGUUGUACCAUAUACUCGGUCCUCAAUGUCCUCACCCAACUCGGCUUUGCCACAACAACCGUCAUACUCGGAGGUCAAACGCUCUCGAAUAUCAACCCUGGAACGCUUCCCUCCGUCGUUGGCAUCAUCAUCAUUGGCGUGUGCUCCCUCAUCCCCUGCUUUAUCGGGUACAACAUGGUGCACGUCUACGAGCGCUAUGCGUGGAUAGUCACCCUGAUUUGCAUGCUCUUCCUCUGGGGCCUUGGCGGGAAAGCCGGAUAUGACAUCAACGCGCAAAAACCGCUCGAGGAUACAGGGCGCGCCCUCUCAGCAGACAUUCUCAGCUUUGGCGGGAUCAUAUUCGGCUCGUUCACAGGGUGGGCGCCAAUCGCGGCGGACUUUAACUGUCGGCUGCCUCACAAUACACCACCCAUGCGCGUGUUCCUGUUGACGUUCUUCGGCUUGUUCAUACCUAUCUGCUUCGUCGAGAUUCUUGGUACGGCCCUCAUGACCAUCACAGAUCCCGCGUACGUUGCGGCCUUCGAAGGCGGCUCGACAGGCGGCCUCGUCGCACAGGUCCUCUCUCCGUGGCACCACUUUGGCCAGUUCAUCCUCGUCCUGCUCGCGCUUUCUGUCGUUGCCAACAACAUCCCAAAUACUUACUCCGCAGGCUUGUCCAUGCAGGCACUUGGGCACCCAUUUGCCAUCAUUCCGCGCUUCUUCUGGGUAUUUCUCGCUUUCGUGGCGUACACUAUAGCUGGCGUUUCUGGUCGCCAGCACUUUAGUGCUAUUCUUUCUAAUUUCCUCCGAAUCCUCAGUGACUGGACGGCAUUUUUUAUCGUCAUCGUAGCAGAGGAGCACUUCAUCUUCCGGCGGAAAAACGGGUCACUUGGGGGGUAUAACUUGGAUGACUAUGAUACGCCAUCGAAGCUACCAGUAGGCGUGGCGGGUUUACUUGCGGGGUGCUUUGGUGUCGCAGGUGCUGUCAUUGGCAUGUCACAGGUGAUUUAUACAGGCCCGCUUGGAAAGAUGGUAGGAGCAGAGAUCGGGUUCGAGCUCGCAGCAGCCUUUUCGGCUGUUACUUACCUUCCGUUGCGUGCGCUUGAAAUUAGGUUCACCGGCCGAUGA